AUGAAUGAAAAUCAGAUAAGAAGCUCUCUACAACUCAUGGAUGAGCUCCAGCAGCAGCCAAUAUGGGAUGUAUUCGAAAACAUCGAUUCAAAAUUGGCUGCUGACGAAGCUAAUCAUCCAUAUUCGUUCGAUCAAAUCCGUGGUAGGCUCGAAAAAAAAAUUAUCAAAAUCCUCAUGAAUGGAUUAAUGAAAUGCGGAACACUUUUUCCGUAUAUGCAGAUAUUUUUAAGCAAGAUGAACUCAAACGUAAUAUAA